AUGUUGGAAAAAGCUUACAAAAUCUGCAAAAGAAAUCCAGUGGAAGAAAAACUCGAUAUGUUGCUGUCAGAAAAAUCAGUGGAAGCAAUAAAGAAACAAACAGAUGAUAACUCUGAAGCAUUGAAGUCCCUUCAGAAGAUGAAAGAAAAAGCACCAGAACUAAACAUUUCUGCAUCAGAAGUUCAAACGAUUCUCACAGAAAUAGAAAAGAUCAAAACACAAGUUGUGAAUGUGAUGGAAUCAAGACAUUCAAGCAGUAGAAAUAAAGUUUUGGAAGAAGAAAUUGCCAUUCUAAGGGCAAGUAACAACAGUAUCACAGAUGCCCUUGAGAAGCUGUCAAAGGAAUGGGCUGAAAACCAGAAGAAAGCUCAAGAUGAGUUCAACCAAGCUCAAAAGAACAUGGCCAACAACUCAAAACUGAUAAGGGAAACACAACAACUAAUGGAGAGAAUGCAAUUCAAUGUUGCAAGUUUAGCCAAAGUGGAUCCUCAAAAACUCAUGAAGCAAAUACCUUAUUCAAGUUCACAUCAGAAGGCUCCAAGUUCAACUCCUCAACAACCAACAACCACACCAAUCAUCAAAGCUGAUACCACAGUGAUGGGACCACCUCCAAAUAUUCCAAAAGAAGAAAUGCUGAAAAGAUUAGCAGCUGCAAAACCUCAUGUAAUUACAAAUUUGAAGAUGCUGGCUGCUGUUCCAAAUCCAACAAUAUCUGAUGAUUCAGCAAUAAGCAAAUAUAUGAAUAUACAAACAAUGAAGGAAUGGGAAGAGGAAGGAGAGUCUGAAGCAAAGUCAAAAAAUGUUAAGAGGAAAAUCUCAGAAUCCAAGUCUAUCAUGGUCAAAGAAAUUGCCAGAGAUGUAAUGAUAUUUCCUGAAUACAAUCUGGUGAGCGACUACUUGACAAAGGAAGAUGAAAUACCAAGAUCACUAUCUCCUACCAGGCUGGGCUUAAGAGAAGAAAGAAUGAAAAGAGGUCCUUACAGCAUUCACAAGCACAAUGAAAAUCCGGUAAAGAGAAUUCUAAAGGUAGAAGAAGUGAAAGUAGCAACUGAUGAUAUAGGGGGAACGUUUGUACAAAACAGAUACACACUUCAAAGAGAAAAGGGGGAUGAACAGAAAGUGACUGAUGAAGAAAUAGCUGACCAGUUGCAUCCUUUGGACAUUCUGUUCAUGAAGGAUAACUAUGAAAAGGAAAAGAAAAAUAACCAAGAGGUCAGAAGGGCAUUAAAUGGCAUAUCAAAAGCUGGAAUAUUGCUACUUGAAAGGAUGGCUUUUUCAGACUUUGAUCUAUGCAUCAAUUAUGAGCAUGUGCACAACAAAAAGGUAUACUUUAGAUCACCUAAGACAAAAGUUCCCUCAGAAAUACUAGAUGAUGCAAGAUCUGGAGACAUCAUAAUGCAAACAAGCAAAGAUGGAGAACAAGAAUAUGGUGUAAUCUUCAGAGAUCAAGACAAUAACAAAGCUCUGUUCAGAAGUGUGGACAUCUGUAAGUACUCAAAUCAAACCCUGAGGUAUAUCUUAAGAACCAUGAACAGAAGACAGGAACAUCUUCAGAAGAUAGAAAAGAACUUGGAAGGAAGCAGGAAAGAAAUUGAGCAAAUGAUUGAAGAAUGGAUUCAAGCAAGAGGAUGUAACUGGUUUAAAUUUUGUAAGUAUUAA